AUAUAUAUAAUAAUUAAAAUAAUUCACUAUUUAUAUUUUAAUACAAAUUCCACUCUUUUCCCUUUCUUGCUUCCUCUCCUACACCCCACCAACAUUCUUUCUUUAGUUCUUUUCUUGCAUAUUUUUCAGGUGGGGAAGCCAAGAUGGAAGCUCCUUCCGAAGAAGUCGCCCCCAUCGCCACCACCAUCGCCACUAGCCCCAACACUAACGUCGUGCUUAAAGGAAAGAGAACGAAGCGCCAAAGGGUACAAUCGCCCAUCCCUUUCGCUUUGACUGCGAAUUCAUCGAGUGGCGAUCAAGAAAAUAAUAUUAAUGGAGAAGGAGAAGGAGACGAUCACUAUACGAAUACUAAUAGUAUUGUUUUUCAAGAUUUUCAAGAAAGUACUACGGAAGAAGAACAAGACACCGCGAAUUGUCUUAUCCUUCUAGCACAAGGACAAACCCGAAAAGAUUCGUCAAACUUCCAUCAACACAAUCACAAUCCAAUCAUUACAAUACCGACAACGAAGAACAACGCGAUGAUCAACAACAAAUUCAACAGUAGAAGGUUCUUGGAAACGAGUUCUCCGGGGUCCGGAAAAGCCGGAUACUAUGUCUAUGAGUGCAAGACAUGUAAUAGAACAUUCCCAUCAUUUCAAGCAUUGGGAGGUCAUAGAGCAAGUCACAAGAAACCAAAAGGAAUCAACAACACCAACACUACUAUGAUCAAUGACACAUAUACCCACACCAAGAAGCAUCAGUUUGCAAUAUCAUCUGAUGAAGAAGAAGGGCAUUUCAGGGAUUUAUCAUCUCUUUCUCUUCAAUUGAGUAACACCAACACCAAUAGUAACACAAAUAGGGGUAGUAUUUACACUAAUAAUAAGGUGAAAAUUCAUGAAUGUUCAAUUUGUGGAGCUGAGUUUAAUUCAGGGCAAGCUUUAGGGGGGCAUAUGAGGAGACACAGGGGGCCUAUGGGUGGUAGUAGCAGUACUACAACAUUGUCUUUAACACCAAUGGCUAGUGUAGAACAAUCUGAUCAACAGCCUAAUAAUCCGAAACCGAGAUCGAAUUUAAUUUCUUUUGAUUUGGAUCUUAAUCUUCCUGCACCAGAUGAUCAUGAAAAACAGCAACAAGAACAGCAGCAGCAGCAGCAGCAAAAACCUAAACCAUCACUAGUUUUUUCUGCCCCAGCUUUGGUAGAUUGUCAUUACUAAACAGAAAAGGGUAUUUAUUUAUUAUUAUAAUUAUUAUUAUUACUAUUUUUUUUAUUUUUUGUGGGAAAAUAUUUUUUCAAGAUUUAUUUUCUUUUCAUUUCUUGAAUUAAUGAUCUCUCACACACAAUGAUAUAUAAU